AGACUACGAAUAGACUCACACCAAUAAAGAGCCGCCAUGUAUAAUAAUAAUAAACGGCACCACAUCAACCCAACCCACUCUAUUUCUACUCUGCUGCAAGCUGCAUGUUAUUUCUAACAAACGCUUUGCUUUCACUCCGUGUUGAGCUCUUCUUGCUCUGUCUGGCCGGUGGACAGAGAGAUAUAGACACGACAAAUAUAUACAAACAAGAAACCAACGAGUUAAAAAAUGGUGAGUCUGUGCGUAUCAGCAGCGCCAAAUCUUUUCGCUCUCCGCCACAACAGCAAAAAGAGCUUUUUUUGUGCAGCACAAAGUGCACGUUGCCAGUGGAAGCUCUCUUGUGGUUUGCCUCGACUUUCGAGCUCUUGCAGCUUCAAUCCUCUCAGAAUUUCGAUUAACAGAAAUGAUAUGAUGGUGAAGAAUAAAGCGAGAAGACUUGGUACAGUUUGCUAUGCUGGACCUCUCUCUGCUCGUAACCUCCAAUGGAUCUCCAUUAUCUCCUCUUCGGUUCUGAUGCUUGCCAGGGGCACUGCUAUCCAUAAGUCUUUCCUCGUUCCAUUAUUAGCUCUACAGGCGCCACCAAAUGUCAUUUCUUGGAUAAAGGGAGAUUAUGGUAUUUGGGCUGCUUUCUUGGCUCUUCUUGUCCGUCUCUUCUUCUUUAUUCCUGGGGAACUUGAAUUGCCUUUUAUGGCACUACUCUUCAUACUUCUGACUCCCUAUCAAGUAAUGAACCUAAGGGGAACCCAAGAAGGGAAUAUCAUUGCCUUGGUCAUUGCAGGCUAUCUGGCUUUCCAGCAUUUUUCACGGGUUGGCAACUUGCAGAAAGCAUUUGAGCAAGGUCCAAUAGUUGCCACCUUAGCCAUCAUCUGUAUCACCAUCAUCUCAUGCUUGUUCUUGAUCUGAAUUUAACUUAGACUGGUGCUUUCUGUUAUUAAUCAUCUGUACAUUAGUGAAAACAAAGGAUAACAGAAUAAUGGAAUAAUCAUAAGUUAUGAUCCUUUAUUCUCAUGUAAUAAUAGGGUCUUGACAUAUUUGAAAGGAAUAAAAUGUCUAGUCUUUCAACCUGUAUUAAUAUGUUGGUUAGAAAAAUUAAUAACCAGUGUACAGUUGCCUUCGUUUUUAUA